AUGACCCUCGGGCAGGCAAGCAUCAUAGAGCAUGAUAUGGAACCCUGGCUUCUCCAGGAGUGCAUAGACUGUGCUCUAUAUGCCCUUCAUAACUUUAAUGAUGAAGAUUCAGUCGCAGAGUUUAUAAAAAAAGAAUUCGAUUUGAAAUAUGAACCAUCGUGGCAUGUUAUUGUAGGACAGUCAUUUGGUGUUCUAGUUGGACACGAAAUUAGAAAAUGCGCAUAUUUUUCAGUCGGAAAUCUAUUUUUCUUAAUAUAUAAAUCUCCAGAACCAGAAGUACCAUAUAUUGAUGGAAAUGCUCCUGAAGACGAGGAGAUGAAUGAAGAAGAAGGUGAUGGUGAAGCAGCUCCAGAAGCAGAAAUUGAAGGAGUAGAACCUGAACCGGCACCAGAAGCAGAACCAGAAUCUGAGGCCGAUGAAUAA